UCAUUCAAUGUUUAUCUAUCAAACGUCAGUGUAAGCUAAGGAAGUCAUUUUUCAUUACAAAUUAAUUUUUUUGCCACAAAAUUGGGCGUUUCUGAUAAGGAAAAUACUUAUUUCUAUUGAUAAAAUCAUUCCCACAAACCUCGCCUUUAAUAAUAAUGUUGGUCUUAGUACUGGGCGAUUUACACAUACCCCAUCGCUGCAGUAGUCUGCCAGCCAAGUUCAAAAAACUUCUUGUUCCUGGUCGUAUUCAUCAUAUAUUGGUGACCGGUAAUCUAUGCACCAAGGAGUCGCAUGACUAUCUUAAAACCCUGGCCAAUGAUGUGCACAUAGUACGUGGUGAUUUUGAUGAUAAUCUUUCAUAUCCAGAACAGAAAGUUGUCACCGUUGGACAAUUUCGCAUUGGACUGUGUCAUGGUCAUCAAGUGGUGCCAAGAGGUGAUCCUGAGGCUUUGGCACUGGUACAAAGGCAACUGGACGUUGACAUCCUUAUAACCGGCCACACCUACAAAUUUGAAGCUUACGAACAUGGCAAUAAAUUCUACAUAAAUCCAGGCUCAGCUACGGGAGCCUUUAAUCCAUUGGACAACAAUGUUGUGCCAUCUUUCGUAUUAAUGGAUAUACAGAGUUCAACGGUUGUCACCUAUGUGUAUCAACUGAUUGGCGAUGAAGUCAAAGUAGAGCGCAUAGAAUAUAAGAAAAUCUAAAUGUGUGCAAAGAAAGAAAUUGUUGGACGACAGAAACAUAAUAGCAAUUUUGAAAGUUGCUUUGUAUCUAUUAAAUAUGUAUGGAAUGUUAUGAUUUAUAAGAUAAUAUGCAUUUCUAUACAAAUAACAAUUGUUUCACAAAAUCUAAAAAUUGGAAAACUGCAUGUGUUUCUGCUUAGAUGUACAAGUGAGAUAUUUUUUUUUUUGAAUUCUUGAACUCAUUUUUUUUUUGGAAACAUUUGUUUUUUGUAUGGUUAAAUGUACGAGUAUAUGUAGGUAUUUACUAACUAAAUACAAUAAAAUGAAAUAUUUUUUAAAUAUAGUA